AGAAGAGAGGACAGCAUCAUUCUGGAGUGUACUUCUAACCAGUGUGGAUGCAGCACAGUAUUGCUCUCUCUCUGCUUCACUCACUCAUUCGCAUCUACCAGAGACUGCCACUGCCUCUGUUCCUGCCCUCCCAUUCUGCCGCCUCUGUCUGCCUUUCUCUGCAUCUAACAGGGAAGAGGAGCCUGUGAGUUUGGCAGCUCUAGAGGGAGUAGACAGACGGUGCCUGAGCUGGAGCAGCAAAUUUGCGGGCAGGACCUCGGUGGACACCCUUCAGAGGAUCUCUAGCGGACAGCCACUAUGUGUGACUGUUUUCAUCUGGCAUUCCCUAACUGGCAUGGGCCAGCGACGGGUCCUGGACGUAGGCUAAGGGGACCAGAGCAGGACACAGAGGAUGAUUCAGUGUUUGAAGAGCCUGAGAUUUUAGAGCGGGAAAGACCGCGCCCUCAAGGCUCCUCACCUAUCGAGGAAUUCCCAGCUGAAAAACAAGUAGAAGAGGACAUAUAUGACACACAACACAAGAGUGGCAGCAACAAAAAAAGCCGAAGAGUUGGUUUUGGAUCACUGUUUGACAAGCGUGCUACUGUCAAAAUGAGUGAGGACAUACAGAUUGGAGAGUCUGGUAUGAUUUUGAAAACAGUGAAAGAAGUAUGUGCGGAGGGUCUAGUAUUGACUGGUGGAGGAAAAGAGGGGAUCUUCAUCAAAGAAGUGAAACCAGAUUCACCUGCUUCAAAGCACCUGAGUAUGAAAGAGGGUGAUCAGAUACUUAGUGCUACAGUAUACUUUGAUAAUGUGUCGUGUGAAGAUGCGCUGCAAAUUCUUGAUCAUGCUCAUCCAUAUAAAAUGGAGUUUUGUCUCAGACGCAAAGUGGAAUCAACUAUGCCAGAAGAUGCUGAAAUUAUACACCCAGAGGGUAAUAAGGAGGGCUCACCAGAGAUGAGAAUUCAGAGAAAGAUGAAGAAACAGCAGGACCGCAUAUCAUGGCCGAAAUUCCCUUCUUUUGGCAAGGGACGCAGAGCCCAAUUCAAGAGAUCUCAUAGUACAUCAGAAGCAGAGGAACAUAGGAAAUUAGAAAUGAGCCCACCAACAAGUGAUACAGAAUCCCCACUCAAAUCACCAUUGAAAUUCCCUGAUGGAAAAGACAAGGAAAAGAAACAAAAAAUGCAUUUAAAUGUCACGAUGAAAGGCUACAGGAGCAAGUCUGUUGAGGAACCUCAGAGAAAAGAGGAAUUGAUAACAGAGAACUUGGCAGCUUGGGAAAAUCAACAAGUUGAUAUAGUAGAAGAAAAGUAUCCUGAAGAAGCUACAGCAAAAUUGGUAGACAUUGCACAUGUUGUGGAUGAUGCUGAGAAUGAGGUGUCUUCCAAGAUCAAGCAAGACCAUGCAUUCCCAAGUUUGUCAGAAACAGAACUGCAACAUAAGGUUCAUUUCAUUAGUUUGGGGAAUACAUUAAAGACUACAGAUAUUUCAAUUACUUUUGCAGAGGGUUCUGCAGAUAUUGUGACCUUGGAGGAAGGAAAGAUAGAGAGAUCUGAAAUGAAAGUUAACAUUCGUCAGAAAGAGAAAACUGAUACUGGAACAGGUAGCCAAUCAGGUGAAAACAGAAUUUCAGAUAUAUCUGCUUCUGACCAUGUUGUAGGAAGUCCUGUUGUAAUAUUGCAGCCAGAAUCAGAACGAUUUCAACUUGACAAUGAUAUAAACACACAGGAGGUCAACAAGGACAGUUCAGACAAAGAAUUAGUAUCCAUAAAUAAAGAAAUUAACAUACCAAAAUUAGACAAUUCUUUAGAAUUGUCCAGUGUAGGAGAACUGGAAAAAUCACUGAAGACAUGUGAUGAAAAGCAGUUGAAGGAAAGAAACAUAUUUGAAAAUGAGAGUUAUGGGAUUCGAAUCAGAGGUCCAUUGGCCGACAUGGCCACAACAAAGCCUCACUUUUCUAGUACAGUAGAUGGGUUUCAGUUUUUGCUACCUGAAUCUUCUGGGAACAAACAAGAGAGCACUAUCAUUGACAUACAGGAAUCAAGUUUUGCCAUACCUGAUAUUUCUCAAGCAAAAUUUAAAACAGACAGUGCAAUUUCUGCUGUGGAAAUGAAGGAUUUGGAAAUAAGAACAUCUAAGCUGCCAACAGAGACAAAUAUUGACCACUUACUAGCAGAUGUAGAUAGAAGACUAGAAUCAAAGUUUAAAUUGCCAAAUGUGGAUCUCUCAAAAUUAGCAACACAAGACCCCAUAAAAAUGACAAAAAUAGAGCAAAUUAAGACAUAUCUCCCAAACCGAGAAGACAUUGAGAUUCCUGGUAUAGAAUCUAAAGAAUCAAAACUCUGUCUUCAGACUCCUGUAUUUAAGGUACCAAAAAUAGAGAAGGUUCCAAAUAUUACUAAGGAGGAGAAAAUCCGGGCUCAGCAAACAGGUGAAGAGUUCAAUGUUCAGGACGUUAAAGAGGCUGUCUCCAAAUUUCCAGCUUUUAAAUUGCCUGAAGGGGAUGUUACAGGAGUGCUUGUGCAAAGGGAAGUCACAAUUAUGGAAAUGAAGGGAGAAAAGACUAGCAUAACCCCUAGAGGAUCUCCUUGUAAAAUAUCAGUGACAAGUGCAGACAGUAGCACUACAAUAUAUAAAAGCCAAAUAGGUAAAGAUAAGUCAUCAGCUUCUGAUAUUGCAGAUAAGGACAUGGGGAUCAAAAUACCAAAUGUUGAGCUACAUUAUAAUGUUGAACAAAGUUCAAUAGCUGUUAAAAAAACAGAUUACACAAAGCCAAACAUUCAAGAUCCAAAAACAAAAAUAGAUAGGAUGCUGAUCACAGGUGAUGAGAAAAUUGGAGAGGUUACAUUCAAACUUCCAAAGCGAGAAGACAUUGAAAUACCAGGGAUGGAAGCCAUAAAGAAAUCAAAUACACAAAAGACAAAAAUGAAAGUAGACAAAGAUGCAGAGAAUGCUGCACAAACUGAUAAAAUGAGCAAAAAACCCAAGACUAAGAAAUAUGUGGACCAGAUAGAACAAGAAAAAAAAUCAAAGAAAACAAAAGUAUCCAUGCAAAGUUUUGGGAUCACCAAACCUGACAUUCGUUUCCCAGAUAUUGGAACUGAUUUACCAAAAAAGUAUAUUCAUAAAAAUGAUACUGGAGAAAAAAAGAUGAAGAAAUUUGAAGUGGAUGUACCUCAAACUGAUACCAAACUAAAAGAUGUUUCUCUUGCUGAAGCCACAAACCUGAAACAAAAUACAAUGGAGACUACAAGCUCAAGGUCAGAUAGAAAAUUUGGAAAAAAGGAGGCUGAAAUACCCAUACAUGAAAAGUCUAUAAUGGGAAAAGGUCUUCCAGAAAAGAAAGGUCCACAGUCUGUUAACAUGGAUGAGAAAAUUCAGAAUAUUGAAAUUGGAGGACAGGGCAGCAAGUUCAAACUACCAAAAUUUGAGAUCAGUUUUCCAGAAGUCAAAGUACCAAAAAUGCAUUUUAGUCCAUCCAAAAAGGAUACUGAGUUUGCUAUAGCAGAGGGAAACAUAGAUAUGCCAGCAGCAUAUUCACCUGAUGUUGAAAUUCCUGAUGCAAAGACAAAAAUAAAAGAAGACACACGAGAAGUAGAUUCUAAAGGCCAUGAAGUGAAAACAAAGCACUCAAGCUUUUCAUUUCCUAAAUUUGGAUUUUCUAAAUCUGACACUAAAAUCACAGAAGCAGAUGUGCAUCUUCGAAACACUGAAGGGUUUUUACCAGAAGGAAAUGCAGACAUGGAAGUAAUGAAUGCAGAGAUUACACUUUCAAUAGGUGAUACAAGCCAAGAAAAUGAAACAAAAUUUGGCUCUCCAACAAAGUUUAAACUUCCCUCAAUUUCAUUCCCAAAAUUUGGAGCUAAAGCUCCAAAGGCAGCAGAAGACAUAUCCGACAUAGAUGCACAAAGUAAAGGUCCUGAAAUAAGUCUAUCACAAGCAGAAGUAACAGUGUCAGAUGAGCCCUUAUCAGUUUACAUAAAAGGGCCUGAUGUAGACAAAAAAAUCGGAAAAUCUCUCAAGCCUGAUACAAAAGUUCAGGACAUCCAAACUGAAGGGCAAGAGAGCAAAUUCAAAUUGCCAAAAUUUGAGAUAAGUCUUCCAGAUGUAGGAGGAUUAAAAACAGACUUAAGUGCAGGCAAGACAGAGACUGACAUUUCUGCACCAGAGGGAAAGAGAGAAGUGCAUGCAUCUGAUGUUGAAGUUCCAGAUUUAAAAACUAAAAUGAAAUCAAAUAUAUCAAAAGUAGAUUCUAAAGGACAAGAAGCAGAAAUAAAGAAACCUGUCUUUUCAUUUCCAAGGUUUGGCUUUUCUAAAUCAGAAACUAAGUCCCCUGAGACUGAUUUGAGUCCUGCACAAGUUGAUGUUUCUUUACCAGGAGAAAAUGUAAAAUUGCAAGGGACAACUACAGAUAUUACAUUUUCAAUGGUUGAUACUGAAGAAGAAGAUAAAAUGAACUUUGGCUCUCCAACAAAGUUUAAACUUCCCUCAAUUUCCCUCCCAAAAUUUGCAGCUAAAGCUACUAAAGACACAGUAGACAUUUCUGCUGUGGAUGACCAAAUUAAAGAAAAUGAAAUUAAAGGACCUGAGCUAAAAGUGUCAGUUGAGCCACUGUCUGUUCAUAUAAAAGGGCCUGAGACAGACACCAAUGAAAAAUCUGUCAACAUUGAGAUGAAAGCCCAGGACAUCCAAAAUGAAGGACAAAAGAGCAAGUUCAAAUUGCCAAAAUUUGGAACAAGUUUUCCAGAAUUAAAAGGACCAAAAAUAGACUUACAUGUAGAAAAAACAGACACUGAUAUUUCUUUAUCAGUGGGAAAGGGAGACAUACAUGUACAUAAUGUUCAGGUAUCAGAUGUAAAAACCGAAGUGCUAGUAGAUUUACCAGACUCAAAGGGUCAUGAAGUAAAAAUGGAUAAACCAGGGUUUUCAUUUCCAAAAUUUGGCUUUUCUAAAUCAGAAACUAAAGCUCCUGAAGGUGAUGUGAGUCUUCCACAGGUCGGUGUGUCUUUACCAGGAGAACAUGUCAAAAUGGAAGAACCAAAUACAGAGAUCACACUUUUUAUGGGUGACACUGUACAAGAAGAUGAAACAAAGUUUGACUCUCCAAAGUUUAAAUUUCCAUCAAUUUCCUUUCCAAAAUUUGGAGCUAAGUCUCCAAAAAAAGCAAUAGAUAUAUCUACUGUUGAUGUACAAAGGAAAGAUCUUGAAAUAAGUCUACCACAAAGAGAGGUAGUAGUGUCAAGUGAGCCCUUAUCAGUGGAUACAAAACCACCUGGGGUAGACAAUGAGGAGAAAUCUCUCAUUGUCAAAAUAAAAGCUGAGGACAUGAAAACUGAGGGGCAAGAGAGAAAGUUCAAAUUACCAAAAUCUGGGAUAAGCCUUCCAGAAGUAAAAGGACCAAAAAUAGACUUACAGGAGGUGAAGACAGAGAUGGGCAUUUCCCUACCAGAGGGAAAGGGAGAAGUGCAUGCACUUGAUGUUGAAAUGCCAGAUGUAAAAACUGAAGUGAAACUAGAUUUACCAAUAGUAGAUUCGAAAGGUCUUAAAGUAGAAAUGAAGAAACCAGGUUUUUCAUUGCCCAAGAUGGGAUAUUCUAAAUCAGAAAAAAAGGAAUCUGAAACAGAUGUGACUCUCCCACAAGUUCAUGUACCUUCACCAGGAGAAAAUGUAAAAAUUGAAGGACCAAAUGCAGACAUUAAAAUUGCAAUGGGUGAUACUGGAGAAGAAGAAAAAAAUAAAUUUGGCUCUUCAACAAAGUUUAAACUUCCUACAAUUUCCCUCCCAAAAUUUGGAUCUAAAGCUACAAAGGAGGCAGUAGACAUUUCUGCUGUGGAUGUGAAAAUGAAAGGUCCUGAAAUUCAUCUACCACAAGCAGAGGUAGGAGUGCCAGUUGAUCCAAUAGCAGUUGAAAUAAAGGAGCCUGACAAAGACAAUCAGGGUAAAUCUCUCAGUGUUGACAUGAAAGCUCAAGACGUCCAAAUUGAAGGAGAAGAGAGCAAAUUCAAAUUGCCAAAAUUUGGGAUAAGCUUUCCAGAAGUAAAAGGACCAAAAAUAGACUUACAUGGAAGAAAAACAGAGACUGACAUUUCUCUUCCAGAAGGAAAGGGAGAAAUACAUGGUUCUUAUGCUGAAGCAUCAGAUGUAAAUACCAAAGUGAAAACAGAUUUGAUAGAAGUAGAUUUGAAGAGCCUUGAAAUAUUCUCACAUGCAAGCAAAACAGAGAGUGGCAUUUCUUUACCAUAUGGAAAGGAAAAAAGGAAUACUCCUGAUGUUGAAGUGCCUGAUGUAAAAACUGAAGUAAAAGUAGAUUUACCAAAAGUAGAUUCAAAAGGUCUUAAAGUAGAAAUGAAGAAACCAGGUUUUUCAUUGCCCAGGAUUGGAUUUUCUAAAUCAGAAACAAAGGAAUCUGAAACUGAUGCGAGUCUCAUAGAGGUACAUGUAUCUUUACCAGGAGAAAAUGUAAACAUAGAAGGACCAAAUGCAGACAUUAAUGUCGCAAUGGGUGAUACUAGAGAACAAGAUAAAAUGAAGGUUGUUGGAGAGCCAAAAUUUAAGCUUACAUCAAUUUCCCUCCAGAAAUUUGGAUCUAAAGAUACAAAAGAGGCAGUAGACAGUUCUGUUGUGGAUGGUCAAAUUAGAGGACCUGAAAUAAGCCUUCCAAUAACAGAGGUUAAAGUGUCAGCUGAGUGCGUAUCUCCUGAUGUAAAAGUGCCUGAGACAAAGAAAGAUGAAAAAUCUGUCAAUACUGAGAUGAAAGGCCAGGACAUCCCAAUUGAAGGGCAUGAGAGCAUGUUCAAAUUGCCAAAGUUUGGAAUAAGCCUUCCAGAAUUAAAAGGACCAAAAAUGCACUUACAUGCAGAAAAAAUAGACACUGAUGUUUCUCUUCCAGAGGGAAAGAGAGAAGUACAUGCAGCUAAUGUUCAAGUACCGGAUGUUAAAACUGAAGUGCAAGUAGAUUUGCCAAAAGUAGAUUCAAAGGGUCUUGAAGUAAAAAUGGAUAAACUGGGUUUUUCAUUUCCCAGGUUUGGCUUUUCUAAAUCAGAAACUAAGGCUCCUGAAGGUGAUGUGAGUCUUCCACAGGUUGAUGUGUCUUUACCAGUAGAAAAUGUCAGAAUGGAAGAACCACAUACAGAAAUUAAACUUUCAAUGGGUGAUACUGGACAAGAAAUUGAAACAAAGUUUGGUUCUCCAAAGUUUAAACUUCCAUCAAUUUCCCUCCCAAAAUUUGGAGCAAAGACUACAAAGAAAGGAACAGACAUAUCUGCUGUGGAUGUACAAAUGAAAGGUCCUGAAAUAAGUCUGCCACAAACAGAGGCAUUAGUGUCAAGUCAGCCCUUAUCAUUGGAUAUAAAAGCACCUGAGGUAGACAAAGAGGAGAAAUCUCUCAAUGUUGAUAUAAAAGAUGAGGACAUAAAAACUGAGUGGCAAGAGAGCAAAUUCAAACUGCCAAAAUUUGGGAUAAGCCUUCCAGAAGUAAAAGGCCCAAAAACAGACUUACGGGCUGUGAAGACAGAGAUUGACAUUGUUCUACUAGAGGGAAAGGGUGAAGUGCAUGCACUUGAUGUUGAAGUGCCAGAUGUAAAAACUGAAGUGAAACUAGAUUUACCAAAUGUAGAUUCAAAAGGUCUUAAAUUAGAAAUGAAGAAACCAGGUUUUUCAUUGCCCAAGUUUGGAUUUUCUAAAUCAGAAACAAAGGAAUCUGAAGGCAAUGUGAGUCUCCCACAGGUUGCUGUAUCUUUACCAGGAGAAAAUGUAAAAAUAGAAGAAAAAAAUUCAGACAUUAAGCUUGCAGUGGGCAAUACCAGAGAAGAUGAUAAAAUUAAGUUAGGGUCUUCAACAAAGUUUAAACUUCCCUCAAUUUCCUUCCCAAAAUUUGAAUCUAAAGCUACAAAGGAUUCAGUUGACAUUUCUGCUGUAGAUGUGAAAAUUAAAGGUCCUGAAAUAAGUCUACAACAAGCAGAGGUAAGAAUGCCAGCUGAUCCAAUAGCAGUUGAAAUAAAAGAGCCUGACAAAGACAAUCAGGGUAAAUCUCUCAGUGUUGACAUGAAAGUUCAAGACAUCCAAAUUGAAGGACAAGAGAGCAAAUUCAAAUUGCCAAAAUUUGGGAUAAGCCUUCCAGAAGAAAGAGGACCAAAAAUAGACUUCCAUGAAAGGAAAACAGAGACUGACAUUUCUGUACUAGAAGGAAAGGGAGGAGUGUAUGCACUUGAUGUUGAAGUGCCAGAUGUAAAAACUGAAGUCACACUAGAUUUACCAAAAGGAGAUUCAAAAGGUCUUGAAGUAAAAAUGAAGGAACCAGGUUUUUCAUUUGCCAAGUUUGGCUUUUACCCUUCUGAAGUAAAAGAACCAAAAAUACAUUCACAGUCAGGCAAGAAUGAGACUGACAGUUCUCUCCCAGAGGGCAAAGGAGAAGUGCAUACAUCUGAUGUUGAAAUGCCAGAUGUAAAAAGGAAGGAAGUGAAAGGAAACUUACCGGAAGUGGAUUCUAAAGGUCUUGAAGUAAAAAUAAAGAAACCUGUUUUUUCAUUUCCUAAGUUUGGCUUUUCUAAAUCAGAAACUAAUGCCCCCAAAGCUGACAUGAAUCUUCCAAAUGUUGAUGCGCCUUUACAAGGAGAAAAUAUAAAAAUUGAAGAAACACAUACAGACAUUACAAUUCCAAUGGUCGAUUCUGGAAAAGAAAUAGAGAUACAAGUGUCAACCAAGCCCCUGUCCACUGAUAUAAAAGGGCCUGAGAUAAACAAAGAUGGUAAAUCUCUCGAUGUUGAGAUGAAAGCUCAGGACAUACAAAUUGAAGAGCAAGAGAGGAAGUUCAAAUUGCCAAAAUUUGGAAUAAGUAUUCCAGAUGUAAAAAGACCAAAAACUGAUUUACAUGCAAGCAAGACAGUGACUGACAUUUCUCUACCAGAAGGAAAGGGAGAAGUGAAAACACCUGGUGUUGAAAUAGCAGGUGUAAAAACUAAAAUGAAAGUGGAUUUACCAGAAGCAGAUUCUAAGGAUAUUGAAAUAAAAAUGAAGAAACCUGUUUUUUCAUUUCCCAAGUUUGGCUUUUCUAAAUCAGAAACUAAUGCCCCCAAAGCUGACGUGAAUCUUCCAAAUGUUGAUGCGCCUUUACAAGGAGAAAAUAUAAAAAUUGAAGAAACACAUACAGACAUUACAAUUCCAAUGGUCGAUUCUGGAAAAGAAGAUAAAAUUAAGUUUGGCUCUCCAACAAAGAUUAAACUCCCCUCAAUUUCUCUCCCAAAAUUUGGAGGUAAAGCUACAAAGGAGGCAGUAGACAUUUCUGCCGUGGAUGAACAAAUGAAACAAACUGAAAUAGGUUUUCCUGAAAUAGAGAUACAAGUGUCAGCCAAGCCCCUGUCCACUGAUAUAAAAGGGCCUGAGAUAAACAAAGAUGGUAAAUCUCUUGAUGUUGAGAUGAAAGCUCAGGACAUACAAAUUGAAGAGCAAGAGAAGAAGUUCAAAUUGCCAAAAUUUGGAAUAAGUAUUCCAGAUGUAAAAAGACCAAAAACUGAUUUACAUGCAAGCAAGACAGUGACUGACAUUUCUCUACCAGAAGGAAAGGGAGAAGUGAAAACACCUGGUGUUGAAAUAGCAGGUGUAAAAACUAAAAUGAAAGUGGAUUUACCAGAAGCAGAUUCUAAGGAUAUUGAAAUAAAAAUGAAGAAACCUGUUUUUUCAUUUCACAAGUUUGGCUUUUCUAAAUCAGAAACUAAUGCCCCCAAAGCUGACGUGAAUCUUCCAAAUGUUGAUGCACCUUUACAAGGAGAAAAUAUAAAAAUUGAAGAAACACAUACAGACAUUACAAUUCCAAUGGUCGAUUCUGGAAAAGAAGAUAAAAUUAAGUUUGGCUCUCCAACAAAGAUUAAACUCCCAUCAAUUUCUCUCCCAAAAUUUGGAGGUAAAGCUACAAAGGAGGCAGUAGACAUUUCUGCCGUGGAUGAACAAAUGAAACAAACUGAAAUAGGUUUUCCUGAAAUAGAGAUACAAGUGUCAACCAAGCCCCUGUCCACUGAUAUACAAGGGCCUGAGAUAAACAAAGAUGGUAAAUCUCUCGAUGUUGAGAUGAAAGCUCAGGACAUACAAAUUGAAGAGCAAGAGAAGAAGUUCAAAUUGCCAAAAUUUGGAAUAAGUAUUCCAGAUGUAAAAAGACCAAAAACUAAUUUACAUGCAAGCAAGACAGUGACUGACAUUUCUCUACCAGAAGGAAAGGGAGAAGUGAAAACACCUGGUGUUGAAAUAGCAAGUGUAAAAACUAAAAUGAAAGUGGAUUUACCAGAAGCAGAUUCUAAGGAUAUUGAAAUAAAAAUGAAGAAACCUGGUUUUUCAUUUCCCAAGUUUGGCUUUUCUAAAUCAGAAUCUAAGGCCCCUGAAGCUGAUGUUAAUCUCCCACAAGUUGAUAUAUCUUUACGAGGAGAUAAUCUAAAAAUGGAAGGACCGAACGCAGAGGUUACACUUUCAACAGGUGAUACUAAUCAAGAAUAUGAAAAUAAGUUUGGUUCUCCAACAAAGUUUAAACAAUCCACAAUUUCCCUACCAAAAUUUGGAUCUAAAGCUACAAAGGAGGCAGUAGAAAUUUCUGCUAUGGAUGUGCAAAUUAACGAUCCUGUAAUAAGUCUACCACAAGCUGAGGUAAGAGUGGCAGCUGAACCAGUAGCAGUUGACAUAAAGGGGCCUGAAAUAGACAAACAGGGGAAAUCCCUCAAUGCUGAUAUGAAAGCUCAAGACCUCCAAAUUGAAGGACAAGAGAGCAGAAUUAAAUUUAAAUUUGGGAUAAGCAUUCCAGAAGAAAGAGUGCCAAAAAUAGACUUACAUGGAAGCAAAACAGAGACUGAUAUUUCUCUACAAGAAGGAAAAGGAGAAAUACAUGGACCUAAUGCUGAAGUACCAGAUGUAAAACCCAAAGUGAAAUUAGAUUUGCCUGAAGUAGAUUCGAAGGGUCUUGAAGUAAAAAUAAAGAAACCAGGUUUUUCUUUUCCAAAGUUUGUUUUUUCUAAAUCAGAAACUAAAUUAGAAUCAAAGGUCCAUGAAGGGGAUGUGAUUAUCCCACAUGGUGAUGUGUCUUUACCAGGAGAAAAUGUCAAAAUGGAAGGAAAAAAUACAGACAUUACACAUUCAAUGGAUGGUACUGAGCAAAUAGAUGAAACAAAGUUUGGCUCUCCAACAAAGUUUAAACUGCCCUCAAUUUCUCUCCCAAAAUUUGGAGUUAAAACUCCAAAGGAGGCAGUAGACAUCUCUGCUAUGGAUGUCCAAAUAAAAAGUUCUGAAAUACAUCUACCACAAGCAGAGGUAAAAGUUUCAGCUCAGACCCUAACAGAUACUAUAAGAUAUAUACCUGAGGUACCCAGAGAGGGAAAACAUCUCAAUGUUGAUAUAAAAGCUCAGGAUAUAAAAACUGAGGGGCAAGAAAGCAAGUUCAAAUUGCCAAAUUUUGGAAUAAGCCUUCCACAAGUAAAAGGUCAGAAAAUAGAUUUACAUGCAAGCAAGACAGAGACUGCCAUUUCUGCACCAGAGGUAAAGAGAGAAGAGCAUGCACUUGAUGUUGAACUGCCAGAUGUAAAAACUGAAGUGAAAUUAGAUUUACCAAAAGUAGAUUCAAAAGGUUUUGGAGUAGAAAUGAAGAAACCAGGUUUUUCGUUACCCAAAUUUGGCUUUUCAAAAUCAGAAACUACAGCCACCGAAGAGAAUCUCACACAGGCUGAUAUAGCUUUACUAGGAGAAAAUGUACAAAUGGAAGGACCAAACACAGAGAUUACACUUUCAACAGGUGAUACUGGACAAGAAGAUGAAAAUAGGUUUGGCUCUCCAAAGUUUUACCUUCCUUCAAUUUCCCUCCCAAAAUUUGGAGGUAAGUCUUCAAAGCCAACACAAGAUUGUUCUGCUGUGGAUGGUCAAAGUAAAGGACCUGAAAUCAGUCUUACAGAAGGAGGCAUAAAAGGGGCAACUGAACCUGAGAUAGAUAUAGAGGGGAGAUGUGUCAACAUUGAAAUGAAAGCUCAGGACAUCAAAAUUGAAGGGCAAGAGAGCAAGUUCAAAUUGCCAAAAUUUGACAUAAGCCUUCCAGAAUUAAAAGGACCAAAAAUAACUUUACAUGCAGGCAAAACAGAGACUGAUAUUUCUCUGCCAGAUGGAAAGGGAGAAAUGCAUGCUCAUGAUGUUGAAGUAUCAGAUAUAAAAAGCAACGUGAAAGUAGAAGUAGACUCAAAGGGCCUUGAAAUAAAAAUGAAGAAACCUGGUUUUUCUUUUCCAAAGUUCUUCUCUAAAACAGAAACUAAGGUCCCAGAAGCUGAUAGUGAUGUGUCUUUACCAGCAGAAAAUACAAAAAUCAGAGGACCAAAUGCUGAUAUUAAAAUUUCAAUUGAUGAUACUAGAGAAGGAGAUGAAACAAAGAUUGGCUCUCCAGCAAAAUUUAAACUUCCCUCAAUUUCCCUCCCAACAUUUGGAUCUAAAGCUACAAAGGAUGCAGUAGACAUUUCUGCUGUGGAUGUGCAAAUGAAAGGUCCUGAAAUUCAUCUACCACAAGCAGAGGUAGGAGUGCCAGUUGAUCCAAUAGCAGUUGGAAUAAAAGGGCCUAACACAGACAAACAAGGGAAACCUCUCAAUGUUGAUAUUCAAGACACCCAAACUGAAGGACAAGAGAGCAAAUUCAAAUUGCCAAAAUUUGGGAUAAGUCUUCCAGAAGUGAAAGGACCAAAAAUAAUCUUAUGUGCAGGCAAGACUAAGACUGACAUUUCUCUGCCAGAGGGAGAGGGAGAAGGACAUGCAUCUGAUGUUGAAAUGCCAUUUGUAAAAACUGAUGUGAAGGUAAACUUACCCGAAGUAGAUUCUAAAGAUCUUGAAGUAAAAAUUAAGAGAUCAGGUUUUUCAGUUACUAGGUUUGGUUUAUCUAAAACAGAAACUAAGGCCCCUGAACCAGGUCCAAGGCUUCUACAUGUUGAUCCUUUAUCAGGACAAAAUAUUCAAAUGGAAGAAACAGACAUUACCCUUUCAAUGAGUGACACGGCACAAAAAGGUGAAACAAAGUUUGACUCUCCAAAGUUUAAACUUCCUCCAAUUUCUCUCCCAAAAUUUAGAACUAAAGCUUCAAAAGCCGCAUUAGACAGCUCUGCUGUGGAUGUAGAAGUUGAGAGACCUGAAAUAUCUCUACCAGAAGAGUUAAAGGUUUCAGCCAAAUUGCUAUCAGUUGACCUAAAAGGGCCUGGUGUAGAUAAAGAUGGAAAAUCUUGCAGUGAAAUUGAUAUAACAGAUAUAAAUACUGGAAUAAAUGCCAGAAGUGAUCAUAUUAAACAGCAGGAUUCCAAAACAGAAGCUGAAAUUAUAGACAAAGUUCAACAACCUCCAGAAGCAACUAUUAAACAUGAACAAGGAGACAAAGGCUCACCAAGUAGAUUCAAAGAUCCCACUAUCAAAAUGCCAAUGAUUAGUAUUUCAAAAACACAAUUUCAGGGUGAACAGGCUAAUGCAGCCACAAGUGGUAAUGCUCCAGAACCCAAACAUAAAGAAAACACACAAGAAAAGACCUCCAAAUUUACUAUGACCAAAUUUUCAGAUGUUCUGAGGGGCUUUGAUGUUGAAUUCAGUGUGCUCAAUUUAGAUGAAAUUGAACAAGUAAAGAAAGAAACAACACCCACAAAACAGGAAUAUGUAACUGGAGUUAAAGGUGAGGAAUCAACAGAAGGUAUAACAACAAAUAAGGGAGGUGCUCAGGAAAAAUCUAAGCUUAAGUUUAGAUUUCCCAAACUGCGAUUCAGUCAGCCUUCAGAUGAAGGUCAUAAGAUGGUGAAUUCAGAAGCUAUUCUUGAAAACAGUGAAAAGCAAUCUGAGUCCCAGCCAGACCACAAAGUAGACGAUGAGGAAAAACAAACAAAACCUGAAAAGAGUGGGUGGUUUAGAUUACCCAAAUUGUCCUCUCCAACCAAUACAGCAAACAUCAAUGAGAAGGAAGACUCUCAGUCAUGCAGAAAAAGUAAGCCAGUGAGUGACAUGAGUCCAGUGAGUAACAUGAAUACAAAAGAGGCUGAGAAGAGUUCCACAGGAGAGGUUGAAGAGGACACUAUCAGUCCAACAUUGUCACUUAGGUCAUCUGAAGCUUUUGCUGAUAUAAGUGCACAAACAACUGAACAGGUUGGCCUUUCACUGGCUUCCCCUACAAAAAUCAAAGUAAAAUAUUUUGAGCCUACAAUUGAGGUGAGUGACAUGCAUGGUGAUGUUAUUACUUCAACAACCAGGACUGAGCUAAUUUCAUUGGAGCCCCACCAGCCAGAGAAAGUAAACAUUCCAUUCUCUGCUGACAGUUCCUCUUCUUCAUCAAAAUCACUGAAGCAGAUUUCAGGAGAAGUUCACAUUAUUAUGUCAAAUGUACAAACAGUACCAGACACACAACAUGCUACAAUUCUCACUUAUAUAGAUUCACAGGUUAUUCAAUCCUUACCUCCAGAAGAAAUUACAAUAAAAUCUGACUCAGUGUUAUCAGUUGAGACAGCCAGAGUUUUAAAGGAGGAACACACAUUUGUAGAGGAGCAUGUUGAAGAAAUGUUUGGCAAUGACAAUGAGAAAGUACGCAUGACAUCAAGAAUGCAGGUUUUUGAGGGAGUUGCUGCAGAGCCUUUCACUGAUGACACAGCUUCCUCUGUUCAAAAACUGAAAGAUAUUGUACAUACUGAGAAAAUGUGAUUUUUUUGAGGCUGCAGAUUCAAAUGAAACAAUCAUAAUGAGUUCUGAAACAUCUUUAAGGCAUGCAGAUUCCUCUACAGAUGAAAAUGAGGGGAAACAAGAUUAUGUAACAUUAGUUAAAUGAAUCUUUAGCAGAACUUGAUUCAUGGCUGUUAUCAAAUUAGAUGAAUAGAUAUUAUGCUUCUGGAUGCAUUUAUAUAUUGUGUAUAACUGGGUGCCCAUUAUACAAGAAAGGGCCAGGUAAUAUAUCAAAACAAAAUAGGGUUAGAUAAUAAAGCUGAAUUGUAAAUGUGAUUUAACAAUGAAAUCAAGAAAAAUAGAUAAUCCAAAUAAAUACUACUACUGUUUAACUUUGAGAAGGGAUUUUUUUCUUUGUGGAAAUUGUUUACUUGGCUUUCUCUGUAAUACACAGGUAAAUAUAAGAUAGACUGCAUCAGAUUUAGAAAUGUUCAUAGAAAAAUCAUAUAAAACUGUUGUGACUACUGAAGAUUAUUAACCACAUAUUUUUAUUUGAAAAUGUUGCUUGUUUUGAACAGAGAUGUCAAAAAGUAUAUAGAAAUUGCUUAUAUAAAUUUGCAUUCAUGUAAAAAGAACAAAAAUGACAAAAUAUGUAUAUUUUGUUCAGUUAAAUUAAUGUUCUGUGAUGUUACAUUGUCUUAUUGCACAAUAUAGGAAAAUAUAUUUGCUCUUCUAAUUAAACGCUGUAUUCACACAUAAAUAUAUGCCAAAUAAAUCUUUUAAAAUGGUU